AAAUGAUGAGUCGUUGUACGCCCGGUACCAGUCACCAAAGUGUUUAUUGUGUUUUUUCGAUUGUCACGGAUUUUGCAGACGACGCAGGCACAUUGAAAUCGCAUGCAAAAAGAGAACCUCAUAAUAAUGUAUUUUCGAAAAGAAAAUACCAAAUUAAGCAUCUCUAUAUUUUAACAGUUCAGGUCAUGGGCAUGGAAGAGGAUAUUGCUCCAAAGUCUUCGUCCAAAAAGCAAGGAGGGUUGUUAGGUCUUUUCAACAAGGACAAAGACAAGGACAAAGACAAAAGUCGGGUUGGUAUCAGCAGGCACUCCCAUCGAGAGUCAAGAGAAUCGCACGAACUCCCCUCACAGAUGCCCCACCACCACACAAUACUGGAGGGCAGGCGACCAUUGAAGACUAUGGAGCUCAGCCCGCCCGAGUACAAAGUGGAUCCACAGAUCCUCAUCGAUAGCUUUUUAGAAAUCGCAAUAAAGUAUUUGGGAGUGAUUCCCAAUGUGCCAUAUGGGUUAGACCCAACAAAACGUACAGAGCUGCUAAGAAUCAUUGAUAAGGGAAAGAAAAAAGGGCUACUACCCUGGAGUACAAGGGACAACAAACACGACGCCAUCUUGUCAGUAUCGGCCAAACAGAUCAAAGUGGUCAAAAGAGACGGCGAAGAAACGUUAGUACGAUUGCCAAUCCACGACAUAGCCGCUGUGAGUUACGUCAGGGACGAUGGCCAACAUCUUGUAAUGUUCAAAAUCGCGACAGACAAUCAGCAGGAGCAGUGUAACCUGGUGGUGUUCGAGUGUCGUUCCAAGGAAAGUGCUGAUGAAGUGUGUGCAUUGGCCCAGCAGAUCUUCUACGUAGUCUACACUGAAUUGACAAUGAAAUACUUUGAUCAGAGCAUCAUACGUGCGGCAAGGAACACUUCACUUGGAAGUGUGUCGAGGAGUGUGGUCAGCAGAACUGCUCUUGAUCCAGAUGUCUUCCAGCCGCCACCAUCUAGUACAGCGUCAUCUGAAUACCCAAGCUCGCCAGCACUCAGACCCAGCAAUAGUAUGGAUGACCUGAGUGUCACAGCCAAAGUAUUGCUGCAAGAGUACAUUGAAGUGCUCCGGAGUAAGCUCUCAUCUGAUGAGCUUCAACAGUUUGCGGCAAUCCUACGUGACUACCGACAAACGGGGUCAAUAAAAGAGUUCUGCAGCAGACUUCAAACGCUCUACGGCCCAGAACGCAAACUGCUCUUCCCAGGUAUGAGACCCUACAUUCCAGAGAAGGACAUAGACUUCUUUGAGAACACUCUGGAGAGGAUGGGCAUCCAGGAUGCUGCGGCCAACGGCUACUACUACACCAGCCCCCAGCGCUCGAGGCGCACAAACAGUGAGGCCUCCUCCUCCAUCGGUGGAUUUGACAUGGGACUGUACAGCCACUCCAUCAUGUCGGAGAGGGACGAACUGGACCGAGCGCUGCAGGACAUAUGCAACGAGGUGGAGCAUCUGGAAACGAGCGUAGACUCAUGAGCUAACUCGGGACCCCUAUUGAGAUACUGAUCGCUGUUGCUGAGCGUGGACUCAUGAGCUAACUCAGGACUCCUAUUGAGUUACUGAUCGCUGUUGCUGAGCGUGGACUCAUGAGCUAACUCAGGACUCAUAUUGAGUAACUGAUCGCUGCUGCUGCUGUUUGUUUACAGCCCUGGCUCUAUGAAAUUUUGUUUGCCAAUACCUUCCAGAGGAGUGCAUUGAAGUAUGCACAUUCCAAUUACUCAGCAAAGGUUAAAAAAAAUGAAGGGUGCUCAUUUGCUUAUCAAGAUGAGCUUCAUGACGUUCCUUGCAGUGUGUGGCUGCUCACCCCUGUGGCAAUGUUCAUUUGGUAAACGGGUAAUUUGGGGGAAGUGUUUUGGAGGGUAGAGUAGAGCAAGAGAUGCCCAGCAUACAAGCUUGUUCAUGCCAACCAGACUUGAAUUGGAGCGAGCUGGAACUCGUCAGUAGAAAUCCAACGACCUGUGAUACAGUGAUACCUUGGCCGUGAGUGGUACGUGUAGACGCUUCCUUCAUUUGGACUAAAAGGUACACUGUAUGGAGACAGUUGAUUACGGUGACUUUUACGAGCACAUGACAAAGAGCUGUGUAGAUGUUCUGCAUGACAAACUUAAUAUGUUUAUAUUCUAAUAAGAACUGCUUCGCCAUAGGCCAUCACAUUUCCGAGAUAUGUUGGAUUACUUUAACAAAGUAUCUUACACAGACAUGUCAUCCGUAGCACAACUCCCAGCAUGAGUAUGCAGGAUUGACAGUGAUUGUGAUCAAGCUGUAUGGUACAGCUACAUCCAUCUAUACAUUCUGGCAACACAAAAUUGCCAUUGAAACCAUAGAGCUAUAUUAAAUUACUAGAGCGCUAACUCGAUGUACAAAGUCAUGCCUGAUGGGCGCAUCCAUGUUUGUACACA